UCUAUCACCCUUUGUCCUCCAGCCUCCUGGGGCACUGGGCCUGCGGGCCUGGUUGCUAGGCGGAAGCGGGGCGCGGCGGCGGCCGCGGCGGCGGCCCGGGCGUUUGAAAAGCGGCUACGCAGGCGGCAAAAGGUCCUCAGGCGGCGGGUCGCCCCGGGUUGCCGACUGGCCCGGCGGGUGGCAGAGGCGCCGUUUGCCUUGAGUCGGGCAGGGUUAGGAGGAGCCGGGCGCGCUGCAGGAGGCGGCGGCGGGGCCGGGCCGGGCCGCGGAGCGGGGGGCGGGCGGCGGCGUCGGGAGCCAGCGGUGGGGGCCCCGCCGGGGGUCGCGAGUCCCCCGAAACUCACCCGGGCCCCUUCCCUCCAGCAGACCCCGCCUGCGGGCCGCAGCCCGCGACCAUGGUCUCCAAGUCCGACCAGCUGCUCAUCGUCGUGUCCAUCCUGGAAGGUCGCCAUUUCCCCAAACGUCCAAAGCAUAUGCUUGUAGUAGAAGCAAAGUUUGAUGGAGAACAGUUGGCUACUGAUCCCGUGGACCACAUUGACCAGCCAGAAUUUGCUACAGAGUUAGCCUGGGAAAUUGACAGGAAAGCACUCCAUCAGCACAGGCUACAGCGUACUCCUAUCAAACUCCAGUGUUUUGCCUUGGAUGCUUUGACUUCAGCCAAGGAAACUAUAGGUUACGUUCUUCUAGACUUAAGAACUGCUCAAGAAACAAAGCAGGCACCAAAAUGGUACCAGUUGCUGAGCAAUAAAUACACCAGGUUCAAGUCUGAGAUACAGAUAAGCAUUGCUUUGGAAACAGAUUCAAAGGCACCAGUGGAUAGUUUUAAGGCAAAGGGAGCUCCCCCUCGAGAUGGAAGAGUACCUGCUAGCCUGCCUGGACUUGACCCCAAGGACAUUGUGGCCGUGCUGAAUGAGGAAGGAGGCUACCAUCAGAUCGGACCAGCAGAGUCUUGCACUGACUUCUUCCUUAUGUCAGUGACCAUAGCGUUUGCCACCCAGUUGGAGCAGUUAAUUCCAUGUACCAUGAAACUUCCAGAAAGACAGCCUGAGUUUUUCUUUUACUAUUCUUUACUGGGAAAUGAUGUUACAAAUGAACCCUUCAAUGAUUUGAUCAACCCAAACUUUGAGCCAGAGAGAGCGUCUGUUCGAAUACGAAGCAGUGUAGAAAUUCUUCGUGUUUACUUGGCUUUUCAAUCUAAACUACAGAUCCAUCUCUGCUGUGGAGACCAGUCACUUGGAAGUACAGAAAUACCUUUAGCAGGAUUACUGAAAAGGGGUAGUACAGAAAUCAACCAGCGCCCAGUCACAGUUGAGGGUGCUUUUACCCUUGACCCUCCAAACCGAGCCAAACAAAAGCUUGCACCUAUUCCUGUGGAGCUGGCCCCAACUGUGGGAGUGUCUGUGGCCCUGCAGAGAGAAGGCGUAGAUGCACAGUCUUUAAUUGAAUUAAAGACCCAGAAUGAGCAUGAGUCACAGCAUUCAAAGAAGAGAGUUUUAACUCCCAUAAAGGAGAAACUUACUGAGCCAAAGUCACCAAGUGUGUCCCCUGUUAUGCCUCACAACCAGUCACCUCCAACAAAAGAUGAUGCAACAGAAAGUGAAGUGGAAAGCUUACAGUAUGAUAAGGACACCAAACCAAACCCAAAGGCCAUCAGUUCUUCUGUACCUGCUUUGCCGGCCCAGCCGGUGACAGCAUCCAGUGCUCCGGAAACAGCUUCAGGACAGAAGAUUGCUGUUCCAGCCACAUCACACCAUUUUUGCUUUUCGAUAGACCUACGGAGUAUCCAUGACUUGGAAGUUGGUUUUCCAAUCAACUGUAUUUUAAGGUACUCAUAUCCAUUCUUUGGUAGUGCAGCUCCUAUUAUGACUAAUCCCCCUGUUGAAGUUCGGAAAAACAUGGAAGUUUUUCUUCCCCAAUCUUACUGUGCAUUUGAUUUCGCAACUAUGCCUCAUCAGCUGCAAGAUACCUUCUUAAGGAUUCCAUUGCUGAUUGAAUUAUGGCACAAGGAUAAAAUGAGUAAAGAUUUACUUCUGGGAAUCGCUAGAAUCCAGCUUUCAAACAUCUUAUCUUCAGAAAAAACUCGCUUUUUAGGUUCUAAUGGUGAACAGUGUUGGCGUCAAACUUACAGUGAAAGUGUGCCUUUUAUAGCAGCACAAGGGUCAAAUAACAGGAUAAUAAAUCUUUCUUACACCAUGACUCUAGAAGAUUAUGGAAUAUUAAAAACACGUGAGAUUUUUGUCUCUGAUUCAUCUCAGGGUUUAACUGCUGUACAACAGAACUCAUCUUGUCUUCCUCCCGCACCUUGUCCUUCAGAAGUCCAGACAGAGCCUCGUGAAACCUUAGAAUACAAAGCAGCACUUGAGCUAGAAAUGUGGAAGGAGAGGCAAGAAGACAUUUUUGAAAAUCAGCUAAAGCAGAAAGAACUAGCUCAUAUGCAAGCUCUUGCGGAGGAAUGGAAGAAAAGGGAUCGAGAGAGAGAAUCACUAGUAAAGAAAAAGGUGGCUGAAUAUACUCUUCUGGAAGGAAAACUUCAAAAAACCCUAAUUGAUUUAGAGAAGAGAGAGCACCAGCUGGCCAUUACAGAAUCAGAGCUUCAACGAGAAAGAAGGGAACUGAAAUCAGAACGUGAACAGAACCUGCAAGAACUUCAGAACUCUAUCCGUAGGGCCAAGGAAGAUUGUGUUCACCAAGUAGAACUGGAAAGGUUAAAGAUCAAGCAGCUAGAAGAGGACAAACACCGACUUCAGCAGCAGCUUAAUGAUGCUGAAAAUAAGUAUAAGAUUUUGGAAAAAGAGUUCCAGCAGUUCAAGGAUCAGCAAAGCAACAAACCAGAACUCCGCCUACAGUCUGAAAUAAACCUUCUCACCUUGGAAAAGGUUGAACUUGAAAGAAAGUUGGAAUCAGCAACUAAAUCUAAACUGCAUUACAAGCAGCAAUGGGGACGAGCUUUGAAAGAACUUGCCAGACUUAAACAGCGGGAGCAAGAAAGUCAAAUGGCUCGUCUUAAAAAACAGCAAGAAGAAUUGGAACAGAUGAGACUACGUUACUUGGCUUCUGAGGAAAAAGAUACAGUAAAAACUGAGCGACAAGAAUUGUUGGAUAUAAGAAAUGAAUUAAACAGGUUAAGGCAACAAGAACAAAAACAGUGCCAGGAUUCCAGAGAGAUUGCAAGUGGAAAAGUGGAUGGUCCACAUGGCGAUGCCCUGGAAGAAGGUUUGGAUGAUUAUUUGACUCGCCUAAUAGAAGAGAGGGAUACUUUGAUGAGGACGGGUGUGUAUAAUCACGAGGAUCGAAUAAUAAGUGAACUUGACCGACAGAUCAGAGAGGUUUUGGCAAAAAGCAAUACCAGUAAUUAAUAACAUUUGGAAAAUCUUUACAGACUUCAGGUCUAAAUUUUAAUUUCAUUGUAAAACCCUUAAAUGAAGGGCAAAAUGGAUGUUUUAAGAUGCAAUUUUCAGUUUUUUUAUAAGCAAAAAUUGUAUAUGCUAUUGUAUAGUAUUUAUUUGAUUUUACUUACUUUGUGCUACCUCUCCCAUUCUGGUUUUAUUUGUAAUUGCAUUUUAUAUACUCAUUUUAAAUGCCUUUUCAGUGUUCCUUGUAAUUUAUAAUUUCAUGGCUGAGAUUUCAAAACAGCUUUUCAUUAAAUUUGUCCUAGGAGAAAUGACUGCAGUUAUAUAUUUUCAUGUUGAGCCAAAAGAGUACAUGUUGCACUUUAAAGAUGUGUCCUAUUCAUUUUGAAUAUAGAUAUCUUAAUUGUUUAGACCAAUUGCAAAUGUAAACAAUUUUAUUUAACUUGUUUUAGAUGUCCUGUCUUUUUUACUUCUAACAUUAGCAAGUGACACGUUUGAAAACAGAAAACAGGAUAAAUGCAAAGAAGCCAUAUGGUAAUAUUGAGAGACAAGUUAGUCGUUUAUUUAAAGUUCAUACAGAUUAAACUUGUUUCAAGCCCUAUUGAAUUUUCGAAUUUUCAGUGUGCUCUUAACUUUUAAGAAUGUGAAGUAGCAGCUUAAUAAGGUCUUUGUCAGCCUCUUGCUCAAGAUUGCAUCAUUUUCUUUUGUUGAAAAUAGAGAUUUCUUUUUGUUUUUCAGUAAUAGUAUGACUAGUUAACUCUGUAAUAUAGAAAUAGGUACUUUUUUAAAAAAGACUUUAGCUGGGAAAGUAGAAUGAAAAAAAUUUUUUUUCUCCCUCUAAUUUUAAUCAGUCUUUUUAAAAAGUACAUGAGAUUAAAUCAUUGGAUUUACAUAGUGCCAUGUUUGUAUAAACUUAAGAAUUCCUUUACAUAUUCUUCAGAGCCAACAUUUGUCCUCAGAGCACUUCCUACGUCCUUUUAAAGGGUACUGAAAAGGCAUAUUAGAAAUUUCCCAAUUUGGUGAGUCUUUAAAUAUAUAUAGUUUGAAAUUUCUGAUUCCCAAAUAUAAUAAAUUUAAGUAUGUACUUCAGGUGGGAUACAUACUAUUUACUGAUAACUUCUGUAAAAGCAGAAUAGGCCAUUUGGUAACACUAAAUUAAUUUUCUGUUGCUUUCCAAGGAGGUAUGUUUCUUGUUUGGGAAAUUAAAGUCCCUGCAUGCAUUAUAUGGUUUUUUUCUUUAUUAACGAAGUAUUAAUCUGAAAACAACCCAGCAGUAAAUAACAGAGAAAGAAAUUACUGAAUGAGAAAAUAAUGAAUAUGUGAAUCAUAACAAGAAUUUGAAACAUUAAUUAUGGUUAGGCAUUAUCUCUUACCGAAUUCCGUGCCACGUGAAUUGAACAGAGUAUUCUUUUUGUUUUGGAAAGUCUCGGGUAAAAUAUAGUGACUGCCUUCAAUUGCAUUGUGUACUGUGUGUGACUCUUCUCAAACACUAGAGGGGGCCUUAGAUUUAAAGAAACAAAAAGGACUUUGCUAAAAUGGAUGUGUGGUUUAUUUUGCCUGCUGUAAAGCUAUCUUUUGGCUAUGUAUUUUAACAAAUAAAAUGGUAAUCGUAUGCA